AGAAGAAGAUUUUGACUCGGAAGUAGCUAGCUAACGUUAGCUAGGUUUAUUUUUUGCAGACAUUUAAAUUGGCUGAUGUAGCUAGCUAGCUUUUAGAAUAACAUUUACAUUAACUCGUUUUUUAAACGACACUCAAAAUGUCUAACUGUAUCGCCCUUCAGACACAACUAACCUCGAUCAUGGAGGUUUUAGCCAAAUCAGCGGUGGCAGAAAUCGCCAAACUUAUCGAUGACAACUGUGCUGUAUUACAUUUCGAAAUAUCUCGGAAGCAUAAUGAAAAUGAAAUUUUGCGGAGAAAACUGCUCAUGGUGGAUAAUGAACUGAAGAUUGCGCGGAUUUCACGACACACCGUGUUAGUCUACCUAGGCUAUAGCAGCCCAUGGAUUCCGUGAAAAUACGACGCCUAGCGUUGAGAGAAAUACAUGGACAGCUGUGCUUCAGACUGGAGACCCAGUCAGCGAGGAGAUGAGGAUGCGUUUGGGUCAGCUUUGGGAGAAAUUAAGUUUGCAGAGAUAGAAACCCCUUUCAUUAAGGUAGAGAGACAGGAUGAUGGAUCAUGGAGCAGGGAGCAACACAGAGGACCAAGUGGACAGGGAAACACUGCAUACGUCAAUAAUGCCAUUCAGAAGCUUCCCAUUGGGAAUCAUCAGGACUUGGAAGAAGAGGAGAAUCAGGACCCACUAAUUCUCCUGGAAGAGCAGCUGGCAGAAGGCCAAGAGAAGCUUAGUGAGCUGUGCCAGUCUCAGUCUGGGCACUGUGGCGAGGAGGAGACCAGUGUUCUAGAGUUUGUAAUAAAGACUGAGAAGGAGGAAGAACAUUCUGGAUUCAGUCAGGCUGGAUGUCAGAGGAGCACAGUAAAGCAGCAGAACCCCGUGAGCUCUGAAUUUGUAAUGGAUGAAAGAGACAGUCAACUGUGGUCGUCUAUAGUUCAAGGGAAUGAUGACAUAGUCAUAGAGACUGACUUUCCUGAUUUCUCUUAUGUAGCCGACCAGUAUUCAGAGAGUUUUCCAGAUCGCUCCGAGGCUCAGCCUCAGCCACAGCCCCUCUCUAGCCCAGUGGAAGGCCCUAGUAAAUCAGCCAUCUCACCUUUACAUAGACCGUGCAAUGGAUCAAUGUACAACAAAGUCUUUCAGAAAGAGAAAGUAAGUGCACCUCAGUCUGUGUCUAGUUCUUUUCAGUGCCGACCGCAGAUCAACCAUUCACAGCAGCAGACCAGGCAGAGAGAUCAGGUGUUCUCCCAGAGGAAUAAUCACAUCCCACCGUCCAGGCCUCAAGACACUGGACACACAGCAGAGCGAAGCUUUGGACUGAGUGACACUGACAGACCAACUGCCUCCCAUUUAGGGAUUCGAUUGAACAAUAACACUUUUACACCAGGUGGCCUCAGAAGCUUCUCUAUGCCUCAUUAUAAUACGAAAAAUCACUGGGGUACAGCCAUAACAGAGAAGGUUUUCAGUUGCUCGCAGUGUGGCAAGAGUUUUAGUCGCCUGUCCUAUCUCAAGAUACAUCAGCGAAGUCACACGGGAGAGAGGCCGUUUCGGUGCACCGUCUGCGGGAAGAGUUUUCACUGCUCCUCGCACCUGACUAUACACCACCGCAUUCACACGGGAGAGAGACCCUAUAGCUGUGCCACGUGUGGGAAGAGGUUUACCCAGCAGAGCAGUCUCAAGACCCACCAGAGUGUCCACAGUGGAGAGAGACCAUAUGGUUGCUCUCAGUGUGGCAAGACUUUCACUCUUCUGCACCAUCUGAAGAGGCACAGGAUUAUUCAUGCUGGGUAUAGCUGAGUGGGUCAUUUAUUAUUAUUAUUAUUAUUAAACCUCUAUCCAGGAAGUCCGUAAAUAUGGUCUGAAUUUAAGAUAGUUAUUCGUUUUACUUUAGAAAUGAAAAUAGUUCAAGAAAAAUUAGAACUUUGAUGUUUUAUGCUAUUUUCAACACUACAGAAACAUUUCAUGAAAUAAAAUACACAUCGAAUA